AUGGGCUUACUUUCGCUAGGUACGCCAUUGCAAUGGUACGAAUCUCGCCCGCACAAUGAACAUGUUAGACAAAACGGGAUACAGCAGUUACUGUACAUUUUCCGGGCUGCACAUGGUAGAAAAGACGAUCCAUUGUUGUGGGGCGAUGAAAUCGAAUACAUGGCAUGCAAAUUCGACGACCGACAAAACACAGCAGUAUUGGCAAUCGAUGACGAUGACGUUUUGACGGAAUUGAACAUAGAAGAUAAAGGGCUGUGCGACGCGCAAAACGUAUCUUUCCAUCCGGAAUAUGGCCGGUUCAUGAUCGAGGCUACCCCAGCUCGUCCAUUCACCGGGGUUGACCUCCAAUACGUGGAAGAAAAUAUGGCAAGUAGAAGAGAAGUUGCAGAACGGAAACUAGGUGCAAGAGGAAUAGAGCUGUUGUCAUUGGCGGUUUUCCCUCGAAUGGGGUGUGAGGGCUUUACAGACGUGAGACAAGUUUGGAGUAGCCACAAUUCUGCGUCCAGAUCGCUUUACUUGCCCGACCAGGUUAUCAACCGGCAUGCCCGGUUCCCAACGUUGACGGCUAAUAUCCGCACUAGACGUGGCGAAAAAGUGUGCAUUAAUGUACCGAUGUUUCAGGACGAGCACACGCCCAAAAGCGAUGACACGGUCUAUCAGCGUGACUGGUUCACGCCCGAAGAUCUGGAGGCCCCAUUGGCUGCAAAACCUGGUUUCAUUUACAUGGACUCGAUGGGGUUUGGAAUGGGCUGCAGUUGCUUGCAAUUGACUUUCCAGGCCCCUACCAUUGAUAAGGCCAGAUAUCUGUACGAUGCGCUCGUGAAUUUUGCACCCAUACUUCUGGCCGCCACUGCGGCGUCUCCUGCUUUCAAGGGCUGGCUGGCGGACCAGGACGUGCGUUGGAACGUCAUUUCUAGUGCUGUGGACGACCGUACGCCUUACGAGCGCAGUGUUGCUCCCCUAUUGCCAGAACACAACAACGCACAUGGUCAUUCUACCAAACCAAUUCCACAGCGGAUUCCCAAAUCGAGAUACAGCGCUGUAGACUUGUAUUUGGGAGGCAAUGCGUUUUUUGAUCGCAAAUUUAACGAUGCAGACGUUCCAAUCAAUGAGGGUGCUUUACAAGAAUUGCAAACCAAUUCACUUUUCCCUAUGGAUUACGAUCUAGCCCGUCAUUUUUCGCACCUUUUCAUCAGAGACCCGCUCGUGCUAUUCCAGGAACUCAUAGAUCAAGACAACAAACAUUCCACGGACCAUUUCGAAAACAUUCAGAGCACGAACUGGCAAACUCUACGUUUCAAGCCCCCUACUCAGGCUGCAACGCCAGACAACAAGACCGCUCCAGGGUGGCGCGUGGAGUUCAGACCCAUGGAAAUACACCUUACUGAUUUCGAAAACGCCGCUUACGCAAACUUCAUAUACCUUAUCGUCGAGUGUAUCUUGAAGUUCAGCAACGAAAUUGAUAACUACGUGCCCAUGUCACAGGUAUGGCAGAACAUGGAGCUAGCCCAUCACCGCGACGCAGUAUUGCGUGAGCGUUUCUACUGGAAGUCAAGUUUCACUGCAGAGGGCACCGGAAAAUACACAUUCGCCGAGAUAUUCCACCAUCCGGCUUUUGGGAUUUUCCCACAAUUUAUAGAUCGCAUUCUGAAAGAUAAAAAGUGGGUCUCGUCUUCCUGGACAGAGCUAAAGAACUCUUCUGAUCCUGCCCAGGUGAGGUUAUUCUACUAUUUGAAAUUGGUACAUGAUAGAGCCACGGGUGUUUUACCCACUACUGCCAAUUUCUUGCGUGAAUACAUCACCACACACCCAAGCUACAAGAAAGACUCCCGGCUAACGGCUGAAAUAAACUACGAAAUGUUGAAGAUGGCCUCCAGAGUCACACACUUGGAUGAUUCUAAAGACGAAGUGUCCAAUUUCUUUGGCUCGGAAAUCGCGAGUUAUUUGUUAAAAUCUAGUUCUUAG